AUGGCCAAAAUCAGACCAGUCAACUCCUACACCAUCAGUGACACCAACACAGUCGUCAAACGCAACUUAGACUCCUACACCAUCAGAGGCACCAACACAGUCGUCAAACCUGGAGAUAAUGUACUGUUGCGAUCACCCGAGAGCAAUACUACUCCUUAUGUGGCUAAGAUAAAGAAGAUCCAGAUAGACAAUGGAAAUGACGUGACAGUUCAGGUAAGGUGGUAUUACCGGCCGGGUGAUUCCAUCGGAGGUCGUAAACAAUUCCAUGGUGAGAAAGAACUGUUCUUGUCUGACCACUAUGACAUUCAGAGUGCUUACACGAUUCAAGGUAAGUGUAUGGUUCAUUCUUUGAAGAAUUACACCCAGCUAGAGAACGCUGGAGCUGAGGAUUACUAUUGUCGAUUUGAAUACAAAGCUGCCAACGGUCUUGUUUUACCUAGCCGCGUUGUAGUGUAUUGUAAAUGCAAAUUGCCCGAAAACCCCGACCUUCUGAUGGUGCAGUGUGAGGAAUGCAAAAACUGGUACCAUCUUUUUUGUGUUGAUAUGACUAAUGAUCAAGCAAAACAAUUACAUCUUUUUAUUUGUUCAAAUUGUAAUGGAGCGGAGGUAUUCACUUUCCAAUGUUUGUACAAUAUUCGAUUAGGAGAUGGGAGAGGCAUAUUGUUCUGGCACGAUCCCUGGUUCAAGAACUUGCCAGUCAUUCACAAAGACGAGUUUAGAAACACACGAAUUAAAAGGGACUGUUCAACAAUUAAAGUUAGAGACAUCAAAGAAGGGCUUUGGAACUCGCUACUAAGUAAAAUUCCGGAAAGGCAGAGAAUUAUUGACCACAUACAUAGUACACACUUCUACGAAAGACCUGACAAUCACAAAUGGAUUGUAGAAGAAAAUGGAAAAUUGAUUUCAAGCAGGGUGUGGGACGCCAUUCGAGAUAAAGAAUAG